UACACUCCUUCGCUCUUCAGAGUCUCCAUGGCCAUGCUGAUGCAUUGCUGGGUGUGUGUGAUUGCUCUGUCACUGACGAUGACCACAAUCAAUGCCUUACAAAGGAUCAGUCUGAAGAAGAUGCCCUCCAUAAGAGAGACUCUGCAUGAGAUUGGCGUGUCCCCAGCUCAGUUCUUUGCUGAAUUGGCCCAGAAAAGCAAAGAUGAUCCCUCCACCAGCAACGGGACCACCCCCACCCCCCUCACCAACUACCUGGAUGCCCAGUAUUAUGGGGAGAUCAGUAUUGGUUCUCCUGCUCAGAUGUUCAAUGUGGUGUUUGAUACAGGCUCAGCCAACCUGUGGGUGCCCUCUCACAACUGUUCCCCUCUCUAUACUGCCUGCUUUACCCACAACAGAUAUGAUGCCUCCAAAUCCCGAACACACAUAGAGAACGGGACAGGUUUCUCCAUCCAGUAUGCCUCUGGAAACGUCAGAGGGUUCCUGAGUGAGGAUGUGGUUGUGGUGGGUGGCAUCCCAGUGGUCCAAGUAUUUGCUGAGGUUACAGCCCUGCCUGCCAUCCCCUUCAUCUUUGCCAAGUUUGAUGGGGUCCUGGGGAUGGGCUACCCCAUCGUGGCCAUCGACGGCAUCACCCCCGUGUUCGACCGCAUUAUGUCCCAGCACGUCCUCAAGGAGGACGUCUUCUCUGUCUAUUACAGCAAAGACCCAAUGCACAAACCAGGUGGAGAGCUAGUGCUGGGAGGGACAGACCCAGACUACUACACUGGUACCUUCAACUACAUGGGCACCCGUGAGGCAGGAAAAUGGGAGGUCAACAUGAAAGGGGUGUCUGUGGGGGAGGAGAUGCUGUUCUGUAAGGAGGGCUGCAUGGCUGUGAUUGACACAGGCUCCUCCUACAUUACAGGCCCUGCCUCUUCUGUGUCUGUACUGAUGAAGACCAUUGGAGCCACAGAGCUGGCAGAGGGAGGGUACACUGUGAACUGUGACCUGGUAAAGUCCUUACCCAGUGUCACCUUCCACCUGGGAGGCCAUGAGUACUCACUCACUGAAGGAGACUACAUCUUAUGGCAAUCUCAGUUUGGAGAGGACAUAUGUAGCGUGACUUUUAGGGGUUUGGAUGUGCCGCCCCCUACUGGCCCUAUCUGGAUCCUGGGAGCCAACUUCAUCGCCCGCUACUACACAGAGUUUGACCGUCGCAACAACCGCAUAGGCUUCGCCACAGCAGUCUGA